GCACUAAGUAUAUUGAUUACUGGCUGCCGUCGGGUCGGUCGGGGCUCUCCGGGGGACUCACUAACUCGUCUAUCGGGGGCCGACCCGAAUCCGAUCAGAAUACUGAAUAUAAGUAAUAAGUAUCAGAUCAGUUCUGUUGCGAAUGUUGCGAUGCCACCGCCGCCUGUGAGCACUGAGCCGGCGCGGCGGCGCGAAAGCCGCAGACUCGCGCGAGUUUAAGUUAUAUAUAUAGGUAGGUACCUAUAUAAUAAUAAGUAUAUAUUGUCGUCAUCGUCAAUGCACACUGCACAGUCUUGUCUUGGUCGCACGCCGCGGUAUCCAUUAUCGUCGUAUUAACAAAAACCAUGUCGACAUUCUUUCGUAUGCUACUCGUAAACAGGGCAAGUUCCUCUCGCGCGACGUCGACCCACCUCAAGUUUCACGUUAAUUAUUUGCCCAAGCGCAGCCUACUCGUGGCGAGCCGUUGCUCCGAAUGUAGAUGUAAGGCUUUCCAGCACCAGCGAACAAGUUACAAUGCACAAACUUCAUUAAGAGCGAUAAGCAGCAGCAAUGAUAAUGGAAAGCAAGUCAUUUAUACAGGACUGUUGUGCAGUAAUAUACGCAGAAUCAAGCUCUUUUCACUUUCUACUUCAAUCAUUGGCUUGGCUGUUCAACCUGUUGUUUAUCAAAAAGCUCUUUUGGCUGGUACUACAACCAAGUUCACGUUACCAGCAUUUGCCUUGAUUGGUCUGUUGGCUCUUGCGACUCCUCCACUGCUGCAUAUAAUUACAAAGAGAUAUGUACUCAGUGUUGAAUACGAUGCCACAAAAGACAUGUAUACAGCGACAACUUAUAAUUUGUUGUGCAUUCGGAAAAAAAUUGAAUUUACUCCAGAGGAUGUUACAAUACCAACAGUCCUUGGAAUGUUUACAACAUGCGCUAUAAGAGGAAAACCUGUGUUUUUAGAUGCUAAAAGUUUUACAGAUCAAAGUCACUAUAAAAGGAUUAUGGGCUAUGACAAGCCGGUAGAUCUUCUAGUUGACAAAGAUGUAAAUAGUAAUGAAAAUUGUUCCAAGAAAAUCAAUUAAACGAAAAAUGUACCUA